CAUUUUACUUGAGAUAGACAAUAGAAAAGAUCCCCGACAAGAUCCUUCUAAAGAUAUUCAUUUACCUUCCUCAUAAGGAAGUGGGCAGGUUAGCUCGGGUGUGUAAAAGAUGGCGUAUGAUAUCGUGUGACUCAAGAUUAUGGACACACGUGUCUCUGCGGCCAGAGGUCUCUGGUCUCCAUGUUUACACAAUAGAAUCCCUUUUGGCGCUAAUUUCUAUUCGUUUUGGUCCAUCUUUACGUUAUAUUGAGCUUCCCAUCGAGCUCAUUACCCAUACAGUUCUGCACGAGCUGGCCAACAAAUGUCCGAACUUAACAUCCAUGUUGCUAGACUUCUCAACUGCCAUGCAACUGCACGACUUCAACGACCUCCAGACCUUUCCUACCAAGCUCCGUUCAAUGUGUAUUUGUCUCUCUGAAGUCAUCUUCAUGGAGGGCUUCAUGCGAAAGAUUUACAAUUUCAUCAACGGCCUAGAAGUUUUACAUCUGAUUGCAUCCUCAGGUACUUAUGAGAAAGUCGAAGAAGAAGAAGAAGAAAUCUACGAAGUCAUCAACAUCCACAAGCUGAAGAGUUCUGUCCCCAACCUCCGUGUGGUCAACCUGUACGGUAUAGUGUUUGUUGAUGAUAGUCACGUGGAUGCUUUUAGCAGUAACUGCAUUCAGCUGGAGAGUUUGGCCCUCAACUUUUGCUCAAAGUUCACCGGAUCAGCUUUGAAAUUACUUUGCUCACGCUGCAAGAAACUCAGGAGUCUUCUCAUGCAACAGACAUCCUUGCAGAACGAACACGUAAUGGCAGUAGAGUGGGAGAAGACGAAUAUUCAAGAAAUGGAUAUCACAGCUACCCAGCUUUCUAGAGAAACCCUCAUCAACUUAUUAACACGAAUCUCAGCAUUAAGGUACCUGAGUGCUGGCCAGUUAGACGCUUUUACAGACCAGGUUUUGAAAGAAUUCGUGGAAAAGGGGAACACUAAAAACCUGGUAGCCUUGGACUUGGACAGAAAUGAAAAUAUUUCCGAAGAGACUCUUUUAAGGUUUAUUAAACUUCAGGGCACCUUCUUGAGAGGCCUGAUGUUAUCGGGAAUUCCUCAUCUGACGGAACAGUUUUGGAUUUCAGUUCUUCCAACUUUGAAAAAUAUCAAGAUUCUUGUCAUGGGAAUGCCCGAAGGUUGUUGUCAGAAGAUCCAUCAAAAGAUCCACAUUGAUUCUCUGAUGGAAGGCAUUGCCAAUAAUUGCGACCAGCUGGAGAGGCUGGAAGUCCGCUGGGAUCCGGACACUUUAAGAUUUAGCGAUCGUAGCAGUAAAGCCAUCGACUCCAUUCGAGUCAAAUGUCUCCGAUUGAAAUCCUUGGUGCUAAGCGACGGAAAGUACUUUGAAUUGGUCAAGUCGAAUUUCGAACGAGCUGACCGACAUACAGUCGUUCGCACUACAACAAACUGUCAGGUGACGUUGGUUUAUCUUCUUAUGUUUUACAAGGAUAUGUUGUUUAACUGAUCGGGAAAGAAACAUAACGACAGUGAUCUCAACUUAACCUAAUGAAAAUUUAUUAAGUCCCAAAAAUAAGAAAGUCUGGAUGAUAGUUUUGUUAUGUUUUGUCCUGGAAAUAUCACUCUGCUAAAGUUUCAAACAUUCAAUUAAUUAAACAAGCAGAAUGUGUAUGUUUGUCGACGUCAUAAAUAUAAAGAAGUGUGAA